AUGGAACCAAUGGAACCAACGAAGUAUAAUGUUACUUAUUUGAACUGGAUAAAAUAUGAAUUCACUGAUGAAAAAUAUGUGAUUCAAAAAUCAAAUGGUACUAUCGCUAUUAAAGCAGACGAUGAAUAUUCCAUUUAUGAUUACUUAGUGUUUAAUACAGUUGAUGGGCUUUAUGCAAUUGUAUAUAUGGUUGUUAGCACAAAAAUUCAAGAUAAUCUCCGGUAUUUAGUUAUCCCUAGCUUAAUAUUCAAUGCAUUCAGUUCUGAAGAACCAAUUAUGUCACUCUACGUGAAUAUUAUAAAAGAUGGGUUUGAUCAACGAUUUAUGCUUUUUCAAUCAUAUGAUAGGUUUUUAAUUCGUACAAGUAUACUUAAUUGUCAAGCAGGGUUUACUUCAGUAGAUACACAAAGCAGUAUUUGCUUUAUAAUUUCAGAAAUUGAUUUUAAUCUUACUGAUACAGUUGAUAGAAAGUUCAUUAAAUUUUCAACAUCUGGCUCUGUUAUCCAAACAAGCACGUUAUAUAAUAGCUUAAGUACAUAUGCUUCUUUUUUUAAUAUUAUUCCACUAAAAUUUGGUGGCUAUUUUUAUUAUGAUAACGGUGAUAUAAAUAUCUGCGAUAUUGAUAAUUCAUGUGAAUCCUUUAGUGUUUCACUUAAUACUUCUGAUUAUGACGUUAAAUACGGCGUUUUUAAUAACAACACCGUUUGGAUUUCUAUGCAAAAUAAUAUUAAUUAUUCAUCAAAUUGGUUUAUUAUCACAAAAGAUGCAAAACAAUUUAUUAAAGAUAAUGGUUUCAAUAACCCAGCAAUUUUGUUUACACAACCAGAGCAAAAUAAGACAUUAAUAUCUCUUUCCUCCGGUGAAAAUAUAAAUAUCAAUAUUACUUUUUUCACUCCAAUUUCUUUAUCGACUGGCAAUCUUACAAUUUAUCAAGUUAUUAAUGAAUCUAAUUAUUUAUUGCGUCAAAUUUAUCCGGCAUCAAAUUGCAUUUUAAUUCAGAAUAAUAAUACUGCAGUGUCAUGUAAAGUCUUGCCAAGUACAUUUAAUAGAAUAGAUAGAAUUUAUACCAUCAGUUUAGACGAUAAUUUUGUCCGAACAUUAUCAUUUAAUGAACCAUUGAACGGGAUCAAGCGUGAUGUUUGGCAACUCAGAAAUCAUUCUACAAAAGCAACUCUAAAGCUAAAUACGAAUCUAACGUUUUAUCAACAGAUUAAAAAUGAUUUAUAUCAACAAAUUAUAACAAGACUUCCUAUUGACAGCAAUCGGUUGUAUAUUACAGGAAAUAUUCAAUCAGACUUUGUUGAUUCAAAUAUUUUAAUCGAAUUUGCUGUUACAAAGGCAACAAAUUCUUCAAAUGAGCCAAGUGUAAAUGAUAUUAUAAAUGAUUUGAAUGAUAUGAUUAAGAAUAAAGAUGGAAGUGCUCUUUUUGACUGGAAUUAUAUUAAAGUUUUGGAUAGUAAUUAUGGAUUUCAGAUAAAAGGUAUAUAA